ACAAAUCGAGUACAAGCAAAUCUCAAUUCUCAAUUUCUCAUUAUUAAUCUUGUAAAGCGUGAGCCACCAGUCGGUGGCCGGUGCGAGGAAAAUAAUUGUGAGUUGUUGCAAUUAAAACAUUUUAGUUGUUUGUACAAUUAAAAAAUUAUAUAUUAAUUUAUAAAAUUACAAUUUACAGAACAUAAUGGAUUCUCCAUCUAAAAAGUUUCAACCAAGAUUAUACCAAGUUCAACUUGAAGAAAUAUGUGUAAAUAAAAAUACAAUUAUAUAUUUACCUACAGGUUCAGGAAAAACAUUUAUUGCCGGACGUCUUAUUAAGAGAUUUAUGAAUCAGAUAAAAAAACCAUGGGGUGAAGGUGGUAAAAGAACAUUCUUUCUUGUCAACACAGUGCCAUUGGUCAACCAACAGAAACAUGUGAUUGAAGAAAUGUGUCCAGUGACUGUGGGAGCCUACAGUGGAGAGGAUCUACUUGAUUAUUGGAACAAAAGUAAAUGGGACUCUGAGCUUGCUCAAUAUCAAGUGAUUAUAAUGACGUCUCAAAUAUUACAUGAUAUGCUCACACACAAGUACAUCACGCUUGAGGAUAUAAAUUUAAUAAUUUUUGAUGAAUGCCACCAAGCUGUUGAUGAACAUCCAAUGAGGUUAAUAAUGAGGCAUUUUGAAGGGUUACAUGGAGAACUACCAAGAGUAAUAGGUUUAACAGCGACAUUGCUAAAUUGUAAUGUUACGUUACACAAAGUUGAGGAAACACUUCGGGAACUUGAAAAGACAUUUCGAGCGACAAUAGCCACAGUUCAUGAAAAUAUACAAGAGAUCUUUAAUCACUCGACGAAUCCGCAAGAAAUAUUAAAGAGCUAUUACCCAUCGUCCACUACUUCAGCCAAGACGGAGGCCAAAAAACUUUUAAUGAGUCUGAUGAAUUUAAUCUAUAACUUUAAAUUACCAGUAGUGCAAAAAAAUGUCCAAUUGCACCACGGACAACGGGACAUAUCUUCUAAUCCUAAAAAGAUUCAACGGGAGGUGGCGAAUAUGGUGCAAUCCAUUAUAUUUCAUAUCGACGAAUUGGGUGCGUACGGCGGGACCAUAUGCAUUAUUGCGUACACGAUAUUGCUCGAACGGCUAAAACGACGAGCAGUUUCCGAAGAAGAACAAUUAUUAUACACCUUUACUAUAACGGGCUGCACAGAAGCAAAAAUCGUAUUAUUAGACGAAAUGGAUAACGAAAAGGGCUAUGCGAAGAUUAUUAAGCACUCAUCGCCUAAAAUUCAAGUUUUGUUAAAUAUUUUGAAAGAAUAUAAACCGACCCAAGAUGGUAAACCAUUAUCUGCAAUCAUAUUUACACAGCAAAGGUUCACUUCGAAGAUUUUAUACAAUUUACUUAAAUCCGUAAAAAUAUCAAAUCCCAAAGAAUUCGAUUAUCUUAAACACGAUUUUAUUGUGGGUUUUAACGUGAACCCCUAUAAUAAUACGAGAGAACAGUAUUAUACAAAGAAACUCAGUCAUCAGGCGUUGCUGAAAUUCAAAAAUGGGGAUUUGAACUGCCUAAUAUCUACCCGGGUGAUAGAAGAGGGUGUUGAUAUACCACAAUGCUCCCUGGUAGUGCGAUUUGACCUGCCGCUCGACUAUCGCUCAUAUGUACAGAGCAAAGGUCGCGCACGGAACCGGGAAUCAAAAUAUAUCAUGAUGGUGGAUGACUCACAAAGAGAAAAGUUUCUAUGUAAAUAUUCUGGGUUUCAGAAAUUAGAAAGUUGCCUUCAACAGUUAAUUAUGGGCAAUUCUAAAGAUCGAGCGUCGCCAACUGAAGAGGAAGUUCAAUCAGCUUUUGAUGAUGAAGAUAUACCACCUUUCGUCACUGCGAAUGGAAAUCGCCUGUUCGCAACGUCUGCCAUUAGUCUCUUACAUCGGUACUGUUCCACCCUACCUGCCGACCAGUUUACCCUACUCUCCCCUAUGUGGAUACUAGAAUAUGAUGCUGGGAACCCGCUUAUCACUAUUGUGAUGCCAAUAGCAUGUCCCAUCAAAGAACCAAUUAAGGGCGACCCCUUUAAUAAUAUAAAAACGGCGAAACGUUCGGCCGCAUUAAAAGCCUGUAUUAAGUUAUAUGAAGCUGAUGAAUUUGAUAAGCACCUUCUACCAAAAACAUAUGGAGAAAUAAAAUUCGAACAAGAGGAUAUAAAGCAGUGUUUCCUUAAUUGGCCAUGGGACGACCCCAAAGAAGAUAAUAAAGCCGGGACACCAAGCGCUGGUACAAAAAAAAGGGUUCGCAAGCACAAGAAAGUGUAUCCCAGUUAUUUCAACGCAUUGCCUUCUGUAGGCAACCAAAAAUUCUGCUUGCAUUUAAUAAAACUAGACGUCGCCUUCGCAAAACCUACUGAAUCACGUGAAUUAGCGCUUUACGACCUUUUGAAAAUGGAUGAAGGGUUUGGGUUUCUUACAAUGCAGCCUUUGCCGGAAAUAUGUGAUUUUCCAAUGUAUCUAAGAGUUGGAGAAGUUAUGACAAAUAUUCAAAUGAAUUAUGCCUGCGUUACAUUGGACACAACGCAGCUGCAAUUGGUUAAACGAUUCCAUUUCUUCAUAUUCGAUCAAUUGUUAGCGGUUGCUAAGAAAUUCGUGAUAUUCGAAGGAUCUGUGAAUUGUCUCUACGUUGUUCCUACGAUUAAAAAGGACGGAUUCGAUAUCGACUGGAACGUAAUGCGGACGCAUACUGAAAUAGAACCCAUUGACAUACCAUCAGACAAGCAAAGGGCCUCAACAAAAGCUACGCGGCAAACGCAUCAGAGAAAAGUCGUUACUCCGUGGUAUAAACCAUAUCUAAUUCCUGACAGAUACGUUGUGACAAAUGUGCUCGAAUAUAUGACACCACAAUCUCAGUUCGUAACGAACUCAUUCGAAACAUACGCUGAUUAUUACAUGAACAAACAUCAGUUACAACUCUUGGGUCCUCAAGACCAACCAUUGUUAGAGGUAGUGAGAAUAAAUACCAAAAUGAACUGUUUGUUGCCCCGUGGGACCACAAUCAAGUCGCUAUCUGAGAAACAAAUGAAGUUAGUUGCGCAAGCGCAGGACGAUGAAAAGCCGAAAGCCUUUAAAGAGAUCUUUGUUCCUGAAUUGUGUGCCAAAUACGACUUUCCCAGUGUUCUUUGGUACAAGGCGUAUAUGCUACCCAGUAUAAUACACAGAAUAACAAUGCUAUUGGUAGCCUACGAAUUGCGUGCGGAAAUUUCGAAAGGUAUUGGUUACUGUAAACCUCACCUACAAAAAGGGAAAAAGUGGUUGCCCAUUGAAACAAAUAUUAAUAUAGCGAAAAAGAGCUUACUGUCACAAAUAGAAGAGCCACCAGCGAAUAACAGCAUUGACAGGAUAAGUGAUCCUGUUGUAUCCAUAUCCAUGAAGGAGAGUCUCUAUCAGCUUCAGAAAAAGAAACUGAGUGCGGAAUACGCUUGGGAGGAAAACUCGGAACCAAUGGAUAUAGAGAGAAAUAUUACUGAAGUUACAUUACUGGAUAUCGAAUGCUAUGACACAUUUGCCAUGGCUCCUCUGUAUGACAACAAAACUGGCGAUAUUUCUCUGCCCAGAAUACCACCAAUCGGCACCGCUAUAAUGCCACCCCCACUCACCUAUUCGGACAAGAUACACCUCUUGUCUCGUAAAGUGACAGAUAACGGCCCGGAAUUGCGCGACGUACUCGCAGCCCUUACGACAAUCAACUCUCAUGAUUCCUUCAAUUUGGAGAGAGUGGAGACCCUUGGGGACGCUUUCCUUAAAUUUGCAGCGACUCUUUACCUAUUCCACAAGUUUCCCAAGCUUAAUGAAGGGCAGCUAACAAAUAUUAAAGGACGCCUGAUAGGAAAUAGGAACUUGUUCUAUGCCGGCAAUCGUAUUGGUCUCGGUGGGCGAAUCAAAGUCGAACAAUUUAGUCCAAGGAUGGAUUUUGUGGUACCGGGCUUCUCAGCUCCUCAAGAAGUUAUUAAUUUCAUUGAAGAACAAAAGAUCCGGCCAUCAAUUCUUAUAGGAAUGGAGUUCCCAACAUCGGAAGCAUUGACCGGAAAGCUGUCAGAUAGGAGCAUGAAUUUAAUUCAAAAUAAAUUUAUUGAGGCGACGUCUCAUCUUCGACCGGCUGAGCCUGAACCGGAGGGUGGCGUCCAAAAUGAAAUGCAGCGGUAUAUCGGGGCACAAGCAGUGUCUGAUAAGUCAGUAGCAGAUUGCGUCGAGGCACUCAUCGGAACCUACCUGCUUAGUGGGGGCAUUGAGGUAGCCGGCUCAUUAUUGGAAUGGCUUAGAAUUAUACCAAAACAGGACAAUUUCUUAACAUACUUCUCAAAGGGUGUAGAUACAGUGUUAACAGAGACGAAAACUGCCUUAAACGAGAUAAAUCGUUUGUUGAACUACACGAGAGAUGACGUUGAAAGCAUAAUACAGUACAAGUUUAAGGAUCCGGCGCUCUUGUUAGAGGCUUUGUCACAUCCAUCAUACAUCCGCAACCGCUACACAAAAUCAUACGAGCGUCUGGAGUUUUUGGGCGACGCUCUCUUGGACUUCCUCAUAACCUCACACAUAUUUGAAAACUGCGGCAACCUUAAGCCCGGAGAACUGACAGACUUAAGAUCUGCACUCGUAAAUAAUGUCACGUUUGCAGCAUAUGUUGUCAAAUUAGGUCUUCACAAGUACCUAUGCUAUGAGCUGAACCCGCCACUGGAGACAGCAAUUAUCAACUUCGCAGAACAUCAGAAGCAAAGGAACCAUGACAUCUCUGAAGAUGUACUUUACCUUAUUGAUGAAGAGGAUUGCCGCAUAGCUGAGUACAUCGAAGUACCCAAGGUACUAAGUGACAUAUUCGAGUCGUUAAUUGGUGCGAUAUAUUUAGAUAGUCAUGGCGAUUUAGCCACUGUAUGGCGUGUAGUAUAUCGUAUAAUGUGGAAAGAAAUCGCUGCAUUUUCGCAAUGCGUGCCCAAACAGCCCGUUCGUGUCUUAUUGGAGAAGAUUUACGCAUGUGCUAAAUUUGAAGAAGCUAUGAAGACUCCGGAUAAUUGUAUUCCCAAAGUGAUGAUUCCUGUUUCGUACACACGCGACGGCCGUUUACACAAAAAUUACGGUGUUGGUUCCAACAAGGCUCAAGCAAAACGCGCCGCUGCAAAACUCGCCCUCAAAGUUCUCUCGACAUAAAUUAUUCGCAUACCAACGUGUAAUAUUAGAUUAGUUUAUUUUUCCACGUAAGUGUAACUUUCUAGUUUCUAAGAGAAUUCUAAAAAGGAAAGUAAAACAGGUUAACAUUUAGAAAUCAAUAGCCCGAUUUUGGUGUCUUUGUAUAGUUAUCACCCCCAACCAAUUUCUGUUCUCAUACCAAAAACAAUCUAUUAAUUAUAAAAUUGAUUUUUUAUGCAGAAUGUCACAUCUCUGGUAACAAAUAGAAAAGUUUAAAAUGGCGGAUCGUUUACAAAUGUCAAUAUAUUGCACAAAAUAUUUAAAAAAAAUGAAAUACUUAGCGCAACUCCGGUAGCAAAAAUUACUCCAAAUCACUUGAAGGUGUUCCAAUCAAGAUGCCCCGAGACUCCUACAUACUCAGUAUCAUUCAAAUUCGAGCUAUUGAUUUGUAAUAGUAUAAUAUAUAUAAUUUAAAUUAAUAUUGUAUAUCUUAAAAUUAAAUAUAUUAGAAUUAAAUAUUGUCUAGCAUAAAAAAUGUGAUAAAUGGAUUGUUGAUUUUUAAAGUCAUCAAAUACCUAACUGUGAGUUCUUUGCCAAAUGAAAAUUAGAUUGAAUGAAAAUUUUAGACAGCUCCUACGCAUCGAUCCAUUUAAUUAGUACGACAUGAUGCAACACAUACUGCAAUACAUGUUAUUUUUUUAAUAUUCUAUAGUUUAUUGUUAUUGUGUAUUACUCCAAAUAUAUACAUAUUAAAUUAAUAAGAAUAUUAGAUAUAAAACUAUUAGUAUUAUUGACGAGCCUUCUAAAUUUUUGUAUAAUGCAAAUCUAAUUCACAAAUUAAACUAUAUUAGUAAUUCUCAAAAAUGUCUCCAUGGCGAAACAAUACUUUUUACAUCACCUAUAUUAAUGUAUGUGUAUUGUGUAUACAAAAUUAUUGAUGCCGUUGUUAUCGUUUAUCGACAUUUUAAGUUACUAUAUACAUAAACUACUUUCCACGCAAAUUUGUAAAAUGUAUUACUCAAAAACGUCUCAAAUUGUAUCUCAGAAACUAGUUUAACCAUAAAAUUUUAAAUUGAACACUUCUCAUUUUUAGAAGUCGACAAAACGCUUCUCUAGGCAAGAUGGUGUCAGCAAGUUUCAAAUACUCAAACUAAUCUUUGACCGUUUUGUGUCAUGUGACUGAUGCAUGAAAAUCAUUUUAAUUGAUAAGUAUAGUGUAGUAGUUUAUUAGUAUAGUUUUUUUUUUAAUUUUUCAUGCUCUGAAAUAGCAUAUAAGACUGGAUAUGUUAAAUACCUGAGCAUUUAUAUAGGAAUGGAAGUUACCGAAAGACGAAAGAUUAAAUGUUAAAAUUAAAUACUUACAUUAACAUAUUAAUAAUUUAACAAUCGAAUUUUUAAUGUAUCUACAAUGAUUCAUCAAACUGAUAAUCAGAUUUCUCUUCUGGCAACUUUCAUAUAAAUAUACGUAUACAGUAUACACUCUAUAUAACACCACUCAAAGGUUAGUCCCUUUCGGCAGCUUACUUGUUAGUAUAUAAUACGUAUUGAGGGUAGGUGUAAUGCUAUGUAAAAUUGUAGUGUUAUAUUAUCGAAGACGACGCAAAUUAACCCAAGUCAUUUGAUUUCGACGCUUUAGGGGAUUGUCUUUAAAGUAGUCGAUGUUACAUGGAGUUUCCGCUGUAUAUGUAUAUUGUAUAGCUGUAUUUAGUAAUUUAUAUAUAUUCACAAGAGAAGACGUGAUCCACUCUUCUAUUAUAAAUAUAAACGUAGGUAAACAUAGUAUAAUAAUGUAUUAUACUAUGUAUAUCACCUUCAUCCACUCACGUCUUCAAAACAUAUAUACAUGUAUAUAAUAAGAGCUUGUCGAUGUUGUCGCUUGUGCAUUCUAGUAACAACAACGUUGAAAUCUCAUAUUAGUCAAGACUAUUGUUAUGUUUAGACCUUUUAUAUGUAGGGCAAAAUAUAAUAUUUUCCUACU